CUGUACCCUACACACUCGCCGUCUUGCCGCUCUUCUGUCUGUUCUCUACCACGCGAUUCUGAGUAAUCGUAUAUUCUUCUCCGCUAUUGUUCAGCUACAGUUCAAAAAAGAAUGGCAGCUAUGCAGCUGGAGACGCCUUCCCGAAUCUGGCGAAGAAUAGAAGCUGUGGAGGACCGGGACAUGCCCUCGCUCCCCUCAAUACCUGGAUUUGAUGACUCUGAUGGGUCCAUUGAGGCACACACGCCAACUGACGACCUCAGUGUGUCCGACGUGCAUGUUGGUACUCCGAUGCAUUCCACUCCGGCUCUGUCUUCCCAUCACACGUCAACGUCUCGUAACCCUUCAAGUGUAUCCAGUACGGCUCGUUUUGCUCAUUCAUUCGCACGUUCGGCACAUUCAUCAGCUGCGAUAUCGGCGCCUCGAGGAACAAAGACAAAUGCCUCGUACAGUUUCGAUGUCAGUGCAAUACCUUCGCUGCCAGAUGUUCGUGCCGAAAGUGGGAUCGGAUAUAUUUCAGAUGAAGGGGAGAAAGAGGAGGAGGAGGGGGAGGAGGAGGAAGGAAUUUUGAGGCAAAGCAAAGAUAGCGUUCCCGACGUGUAUCUGCCUCCGGAUUACGCGGAUGGCGAUGAGGAACAGGACGCAUCUAUUUCUGAGGCUCUUCAGUCAACUAGUCGCUCGAGCUCUCCCUUUUCUGAACAGGUUCAGCCUACUCCGAAGAAAAAUUACGACUAUGUGGUCCCACUCAGAUCUGAGCCAAAGCCUUCCCCCCUUGAUCCAUACCGGAACAUUUCUAUGCGUCGGCCUCUUGCACGAACGCGCACUCCUUCACUAUCACAAACUACCCUCUCCCCAGCAUCCUCCCCGCCUAAUUCUACGCCUCAUAGCACUAAGUCUGUGUCUAUCAAUCGUUCAAUGGCAGAGUCGCCAAUUCGCGGAACGUCGGUCCCUUUGCCACCUUCUCAUGCUGGUUCUCCCGCCGCCGCCUCUAUGGAAUAUAGUGGCAGUCGAUCACAACAGGACCUAUCCCUACGUGAAUCUGAUUGCCAGUCAUCUAUGGAUAUUACGGAGUCGCAUAUAUCGCCGAUCAAGGAUCUUCAGGCUGAGGGGCAAGAUCAAUCAUUCACGUCGUCUAACCAGGUAGGAAUGGCCAGUGAUCAUGGAGAACACGAGCCGACUUUUUCAUCUGAUGGUGACGACACUUCCUCCCCCCCUCAGAACUCCCAAAAGCCCCCUGACCAUAAGUCUCUGGCACCUAUGUCUAGCGCCUUUUCUUCCCCAGCUCAAUCAUUUGCUUUCACACCAACUCCUGCUUUCUCCCGACCACGGGCACGGUUCAACCUCCCUCCUCCACCUUCCGAUCUUCUUGCCACACCCAAACCGGAGGAAACAGACCCUUCAGAGCUGGGUGAAGCUGAGCCGCUGACCCCUCAUACGCGCCGAAAAUCGUUUCUGUUGUCCAUCGUAAACUCUACAAUUCGGCCCCGACUUAAGUUGCCUACUCCUCACCCACGGACUGUUAUACCUCCUACCCCGAGUAUCGCUGAAACGUUGACGGAACCUGUAGACGGACCUAUGCCUGCGGUAAACCUUCGAACUGCGUUUGCUGGUGCUACGCCUCGUCCUCGAAUAAACGCAGGAAGGCCAUCCCAUCCGCUGGCCCAGGCAUAUACAGCGACAACAGGUUCAGAAGAUUCAGAAUCCAGCUCUAUUAGCAGCAUAGCUGCGCCGAAAGUUGCUACGCGCCGAGCUUCUAUGGGAGUUGCGCUUCAGAGUCCUGCGUAUGAUGGCUCCGCAGAUCGAGCUUCCUUCAUAUCAACUGCAUCGUCGCAUGAUCUGACCACUCAUGUUCGUGCCAACACUUCUUUCGAUCCUGCUAUGGGAUUCGGAAUUGGUGCACAGGCUAACGGAAGGUUCAAUGCUGGCAAGCUCAAUACGUACUUGCAUGGAUUGAAUAGGCGGUUGCAGGAAGAGAAUGAAGCUCUUAUCGAACGUCUGCGACGCCUUGAGGAAGGGAAAAAAGGCGGCGCCGAAACAGAAAGUCCUUCUGAAGACGGUACUAUUCCCUCUGACAGGCGGUUGAGUGGUGGAAGCAGCAGACGGAUUAGUGCAGGGGCGACUGUAUUGGGUGAUGUCCAAGAAGAUGUUGGGGGUGAAGGCUGGAUAGAGGAGAAGGUAGUGUUGGAAGAAAUGAUCGAGUCGUUCAAAGAAGAGAUUGAAAAGAACAUGUUGGAGAAAGAAGAGCUUGAAAAGGUGCUUGAUGACGAACAACAAGGACGAUCCAGAGAUAAGGCACGGUGGAAGGAGCGUAUGGUAGAGGUGGAGUGUGGUGUGGAGGCUAUCGUCAAAGGCCUCGAGCAGAAAUUACAAGACGCCGAGACGCGAGCUCAGACCUCACAGGAAGCCCUCAUUCGGAUGAACGAACUGGAAAGACAGCUAGAGAUGGUCUCUGCGGAACGAGAUCUAGCUACAGAGAGAGCGGAGAAGUCGGAGAAGGUGCUGGAGAGCGGCAAGGAGUUGGGUGGGGAACUUAAAGAGGCAAAUGACCGAAUCAAUGAACUCAGGAGCGACCUUCGAAUCUCCAACAUUCAAAUCAAAGAGCUAGAGCAGGAGGUCUUACGCUCUGACGAGAGAAUUGAUGUACUCGAGAAGGACUCCCGGGAAGAGAAGAAUGCUGUGCAGGAGAUAGAGAAAGAGUUGUCCAACAAGAUGGGUGAGCUGGAUGCCCAGAAGAGGACGAUUCAAAACUUACGAGGGGAGCUGAAGGCGCUGACAACUGAGCUGCAAACAACGAAAUUAUACGUUUCUGAACUCGAAUCAGAUGCAGAUGCAGCGGCUGACCGUCUGGAAGCCCUUGAGCUCGAGGUCACCAGCGCUAACGACCAGGUCAAGGGACUCCAGGCUGAGGCCGAAGAGACUACGCAGCGAUUAGAAUCUUUGGAGGUUGAAGCCCAACAGGAUAAGGAGCUUGCUCGUCAGAUGGAAGAAGCCCUCGAUGCUGCAGAGCACAAGAUGGCCGCCGAUGAUCAAGAGCUAUCCCAGCUCAAAUCUCGGCUAUUGAUGCUGCAACGCGAGCGGGAACGCUCGAUGGAAACCAGCAGUCGUAGUGUAGAUCCUUCCCGAGAAAUCAUCUCGCCUGUGAACACCGCCGACAUCGAGGCACUAGAGGAGGAACUCGACAACGCCCACCGGGAGAUCGCCCGCCUCAACACGGUUCUCAGUGCUUCUCCUGCUCGAAAAGCGAUAGAAAAAGCGAAGGACGUGAAGAUUGAUAUGUUGGAGAAGGAGAAUGAGGCGCUGUCCGAGAGAAUCAAGGCAUUGAAGAUUGCUUCUACCAGCUUCAAUACUCCAGGCAGGAUCAUUAGCAACAGUGGCAUCUCUCCCAUUCACCGCCGCGUUCUGUCUAUGUCAUUCAAGACGCCACGAACGCCUGGUACCCCGCUCAAGGAGAUGUCAUGGUUAAACAGCCAGACUGGUGAUGCAGAUCAUAUUGUCUCGCCACUAAUUGCAGAAAUAUCGCGACUGCAAUACGAACUCGACAUCGCUAAUGAGAGCAUCGACGACAAGUUGGACAAGCUGGAAGACGCUGGUUUGGGCGUCGUCGGGCUUACUCAAAAACUGGAAGAUGCUCGUGCCAGAAUAGUAGCUUUGGAAGAUGAGAUUUCUCGUCUUAUCAGGAAGGAGGAACGCCGAAUGAGACGCCUUGAAAAGGCGCGAUGCCGAAAGUGUAUGACAAAAGUCAACUUCAACUUCGGGCUUUCCGAAGAUAAUGAUAGCUCUCUGGAAAUCUCUCAUCCCAGUCUUGCUUCAGAACCGCCAACCCCCCCUACGAAGACAAGCGAGGUUCUUCGUGCGAAUUUGAAAUCCUUGAAUUCGCAGCUAUCUUCCAUGAAGAAACAAUGGUAUCAAGAGCGCGAGCAGUUACAGGGCGAGAAGGAGGAGGCCACGAAGAUUUCUCAGACAGAGAAGGCUGGCCAAAAGAUCCGUUCGGACGUUCAAGCUGACUUGGACAAGGCAAAAAGGACGAUCUCUGAGCUUGAGGCUGAACUUAAAUCCGAGCGAGCACAGCUUCGUAUGCUUGCGGUUGAGCAGGCUCGGGUUGGUCAUGAGCGAGACAACAUCAUAUUACAGCUUCAACGAACAGAGACGGACAUGGAGGACGUCCGACAGCACUUGCAAAAAUACAAGAAAGAAAAUCAUGAUAUGGAAACCGAAUUGCGACAGAACGCAAAUGCCGAGCAAAAGGCGAGGCUGUUGGAGAAUCGAGUUACCGAGAACACCGAGACGAUUGAGCAGCUACGACAAGAACGAGCGCUCUUGGUUGCUGAUCACAAAGCCCUUCAAACACGCUUCUCUGAAAUAUCCGAGCAUGCGAACCGACUGCGCGACGAACAUGCUGCGUCCCAAAUAUCGCACGACAAUCGCAUACAGCAGCUCGACCUCCACAUGACAGAAAUCGACGAUCUUCGUCGUGCUCUGUCAAACCAAGGCGAAGAACUACAAAGAGUCGAGACCGAGAAGAAUCGCAUAUCCGCAGAACGCAGCGAGGUCUCCCGGACGGUCGCCGUUCUAGAGGCUGAUUUGAAGCGGGUGAAACAGGACGCGGAGGCCUUUGGUCGCGAUUUGAAAUUGCUUCGGAGUGAGAAGGAUCGGGCGGAGGCGAAGCAGAAGGACGAGUUGGCCAGAGCGGAGAGGGCGAAGAAGCAGGCGCAGACACAAGUGCGAUUGUUGACUGAACAGCUAGAUGCACAAAAAGCGAAGGUUGCACGUGCAAAGGAACAGAUGGAGCAACAUGCUUGUACGAUAGAUGAGCAGCAACUAUCGGCAAUUAAGCUCCAGCACAACAAGGAGUGCAAAGGCUUGAUUGUCCAGAUUCGAUACCUCAAGGCGAAGUACAUCCGCGAGUCAAAUAUGCGUCUCGAUUUGGUGUAUCAAAAACAGUACCUGAUGAUACUUCUGGGAAAGAUGGAGAACAGUGAGAAAACCAUAUUUGCGGCUAUUUCACGGAUUGGUUUCCCUGUGGAGCCGCCUUCACCUCCAGCGAAACAUCGGAAGUUCAAGACUAUCGCACAGAUGCUUGUAUUUUUGUCCCGAGUGAGACGUGCCAGUGCUGAAUGGCAAAAACAGUGCGAGUCUAAAGAAGCCAUUGCUGCUGCGUUGCAAGACAUGCGGAGACGGCGAGAUUCUAAACCGUCCUAGUCAUAAUCUACCAUUUUCCAUUUUAAUCUUUGUCAAUGCAGUGUAUCAUUUCUGUAUUGCUAUCAGUAAAUCGCUUGUUAUAUAUUGUAUGAAUAGUAUUAUAAUUUCCCACCUGAAGGAAGAUAUCAACAAGGCGACGCCAUUAUAGGUUUUGUAGAUAGGAAUCAGCGCUUUUUCCGCGCUAGUCGCUUUGCGUUGAGGACACGGUAGGCACGCGGAGAAAAAACGUAUGAAAGUCCACUCCAUAUUGUCGUCGCGACAACAGUCCAC